AUGCCAGGUAAAAGAGUUGGUAUUCUUAUUGAGUUCAACUACGAAGACAUUGAGCUUUGGUACCCAUUUUACCGCCUGAAAGAGGAGGGCCACGAAAGUUUACCAUCGGCCCCGAGAAAGGGAAAACUUACAACUCGAAGCAUGGAUACCCGUGUAAGGCCGAGCUUCAGAAUAGAUGCUCUGAUCAUUCUUGGAGGGUUUGCCCCGGACUACUGGCGACGGGACCAACGCAUCCUAGACCUUGUGCGGGAGAUGGACAAAGCCAGAAAGGUCCUCGCGUCCGUAUGUCACGAACCCUGGGUGCUCAUCUCCGCCAAGGUUAUACGUGACCGAAAGGUCACCUGCUUCAAAGCCAUUAUUGAUGACGUCUAUGAACGCUGCCGCAAACUAUUCCGACGCACCUGUGGUUGUGGAUAUGAAUAUGGUCACGUCAAGAGAACCUAA